AUUUUUAAGAAAUGUUCGAUUUGUUCGAAUCGAGUUUUGGUGACAGAACUUGGAUUUUUAUUUGGUUUGUUUUUGCCAAAUCUGCAGUUGCCACGCCUGAGCAGAUUAAAACUCUCAUGAAAGUCGAUGGUUUCACCAAUGACAAAGCUAAAAGCCAUUUUACAGUGUUGGGCAAGGCCUCAAUCUCGACAUGGUUCAGAAACAUGGCUCACAAGCUUGAGUAUUCCCUCACACUCAAUCUCAAGGACCUGACACCAGAGAAAAAAUACUUGAAAAGCCAUACACAUUCUCUUCAAGUUGGAGUGGAGGAGACCUAUGAUGAUGAUGAAUUGGAACUUGAUUCUCUACCGGUAAAGAAGAGCAAAAUCGAAUCAGGACUUGAUAGAGAGAAGCAAGAGAAAUCAGGAUUGUCCAAUCAUAUCGACGAUGUCAAAAAAGCAUUGAUGAAAAAAGAAGCUGCUUAUAAUAUGUUGGGAGAAGAAACACUUAAAAAGCAGCUAACAAAGGAUCACAAAGAAGCUCAGAAACUGUUGGAAGAGACAUGCCAUGAACAGACGAUGGAGAGUUUACGUAAUGAGCUGGGAAUGAAAGGAGACGAGAUAGAAACUCUCAUGGAGAAGAUCGGUGACAUUAAGAAAUCGAGGGUAGCCAAACAUGUAUUAACGGAGAAAGAAGAAGCUCAGAACAUUGAU